AAAAAAAAAAAAGGACGCAGACCUGGUUUCAUCUGGGACGAAAUAUAAAAAAAGGGUCAUAAGUGGUGGUUUUGACAGUAUAAAUACCCCGACCUCUUCUCUUUCGUAGCUACUUUUUCUCCACAUUUUAUUUCCCCUCCCCCUUAAUCAUGGACAUUCGCAAUAUACUCUUCAGGAGACUCGCAUCCCCACUCGUCCAGGUCGUUCUUUUGGGCUUCGUAUGUCUUUGCUGCCCGGGCAUGUUCAAUGCCCUCAACGGCCUGGGUGCGGGUGGUAUGAUGGCUUCAGAUAUCGCUUUGGUGAACUCUGCCAACAGUGCUCUGUACGCUUGUUUUGCCGUCGUCGGCUUUUUCGCUGGUUCUGUCACCAACACAUUAGGUGUCAAGACCACAUUGACAAUCGGUUCCGCUGGUUACGCUGUUUACUCCUCAUCAUUGUGGGUUUACGACGCGAAACAAGUCUCCGGAUAUGUCAUUGCAUCUGGCGCCAUCUUGGGUUGUUGUGCAGGCAUCUUCUGGUCUGCUCAAGGUGCCAUCAUGAUGGCCUACCCCGAAGAAAAGAACAAGGGCAAGUACGUCGCAAUCUUUUGGACCUUAUUCAACAUUGGUGGUAUUCUCGGCUCAGUCAUCACCCUCGGAAUCAACCUUGAAUCGGGAGGCGACGGUGGCGUAUCAACUGGAACAUACACUGCAUUUGUUGUCAUCAUGAUUGUUGGCAUUUUCCUCUCCCUGAUCCUCGCUCCUCCUUCCAUGGUCGUCCGUUCUGACGGUACGCACGUUUCUGUCACCAAAUCUGCUCACUGGCUUGAAGAGCUUAAAGGUGUCAUUCGAGUCUGGAAGGAAUGGCGCAUCAUUUGUUUGAUACCCGCAUUUCUGGCCUCUAACUGGUUCUACGCUUAUCAAUUCCACGUUAACGCCGUCUAUUUCGAUGCUACCACUCGUGCAUUGAACGGUACCAUGUACUGGGGUAUGCAAAUCAUCGCCUCCAUCAUCUUUGGUUUCAUCCUCGAUUAUCAAGGCUUAAGCCGUCGUGUCAGAGCUCUCUUGGGUGCUGCCAUCUUGUUUGUUGUCAUGAUGGCCAUUUGGGCAGGUGGCCUGGUUUUCCAGCUUUCAUUUGAAAACGACUACGAUGACCCGAUCCAUUGGACCGACUCGCGGUUCGGCCGGCCUUUCUUGCUUUACAUCUUCUACGGUUUCUCUGACGCUUUAUACCAGUCGUACUUGUACUGGCUUAUGGGUGCAAUGUCAAACGAUCCAAAAUUGCUCGCACGCUACGCCGGCUUCUACAAAGCCAUGCAGUCGGCUGGUGCCGCGAUUUCGUUCGGUAUCGAUUCUGCUGGUGUCCGCUUGCGAUGGGCAUGCGUUGUUUGCUGGGUUAUUGUCACUAUCUCGUUCCCAGGCAUGUUUGUUGUCGCUAACCAGAUUUCACAAACGAAUGCCCCAGCAGAAGACACAGUUGAUAACGAUAGCUCGUCAACAGAACACAACAUGUCAGUGAUGGAAAAGCCAUCGCAGCGCAGCAUUUCCGAUGGAAAGUACGAAGUUUAAUACAUUUAUAAACUCUUCCAUAUCCUCUUUCCUCCCCUCAUACAUAAUCUCAUUUUCCGUUUGUACACUACUCUCCACUUCCAUCAUCUGUAUCCUUUCCUCUUUUACACGCACGCUGCUUUCACGCAUCUCCUUGUACUAUAUACUGUAUAGCUCCUCGUAUGUUACCAUUUCAAUAAUAACUAAGGCUAAGUUUUCUUCAGCAUAAAUUUCUCACUGGACCCUGUCG